UGGUCAUGUACUACGUAGUGCUAAAAAUAAACAUUUUCUAUCAAAACUGGGCAAGUAUUUUUCGUGUUUCUGAAAAAGUGAGCAAAUUUAAAAAUUAUCUGAUCAUUCGGAUUGCCUACGCUGUGAGUCUCGAUGCGCUACCCACAGCUCUGUAACUUCUAUUGUUGGUGGGGGAGGUGCUAGUAUUAAUACUUCCUGUCUUCACUUGACGGUACAGUGGUAGAUAACACGUAACACUAGCACUCCCGAGAAGGGAAGAAACAGCUUAAAAGGUAGCGAACAAUGGGUAAUCCGAGUUUGACAUAUGAGAUUUUACUUUACCUAAACUCAUUUUACUUCGGAAUGUUCGCUACCUGUGAGCUGGGAAUGAUGUCCCUCAAAGCGGUAAGUCUGCCGUAUCCACAGCAGAGUCUUAUGAGGGAUACGUGUGUUCUCUUCUCACUGUGUCUGAUUGAGACCGUGCGAGUUGUUCUAGGUCGAAAAGGCACUCUGAGUGAUCACGGCUGGCAGGUCAUUUUAUCAGUUUUUCUGACGAUUCCUUCCGGUUUAGGAAUAACCUAUCUCCUACUUUAUCAAUUCAAGUUGUUUCGCCUCGAAUUUAUCCUGUGUGCCUUAAUGUUAACUUUACAGACAACAGAACUACUGUUCGCGUUACUUUUUGUUUUCACACUCUGCCGUCCGGUUUCGUAUGAUUAGACUCAAUAUUCUGUGUUUGGUUUACUUGAUCGAAAUUUAUUUCAAAUGUUGUCUCGAAGAAAUUUGGACCGAAAAACAGUAAACCUCAUUCAGUACUCAAAAUAAUGACAGCUAAACAAAUCAUUAGAAUAUUAAACUAGUAUGUUAGUUUGAUAGCUGCUCCUUCGCAUCGAUAAGCACUAUAAUAAUAACAAUGUGAAGAUCUGAAACACUAAGCGAGAAGCAAACAUUUGCCAAACUUCUUGUAUCUCUUAUAUAGCAAUCUACUGAUUGUAAACAUCACACUUAUAAAAUGGUAACGUAUUUUUCCGAAUGAUACUGCUUUCAAAUUUCGAAAAUAUUGAGCAGUUUUUUCCUUCUUUAAACAUAACAAAUUUGUAGGUUUUGUAAGUUAUUUAUUCAUUUGUAGUGCGUAAGUAAUCGAUCUGAAACUCAUUUUCAUGUUUAUUUGCCAUAGCCAUUCUCGAUAAGUCGUUCCGGAAAAAGCACUAAGAAAAAGAUGUUAGAGAAAAAGUGAAGAGGCGUGACAUGUUUUGAGAAUAAUGUGGAACGACUUUUCGAAAAAGAGUCAAGUAUUUUAGGGAUCGUGAAUCUAGUCACACUUUUAAAGAUGAGUUUGUUUUCACUUUCAUUGAAGUACCACGUUCAUCUUGGUUUAGAAAUGACACUUAGAAAAACUAGAGUGUAUAAAUGAAAAACGGGUUGAUAAACCUUUGAUAAAAGAUGUAUAACAGCUGUGAAAUAAGCAAAACAUAUUUGAAGUUUGAGGGAAAGUUCUUUUACAACUAAAAAAAAAAUAAUGUAAGAAUUACCGUAGUUAUUUAAUAAAUAAUAGAAAAUGGCAAUAUAUUGUAAACACGUUUUAGACAAUUUACACCAAAUGAAACGUGAAGUUUUCGAAAAAUCAAAUUAAAAAAGAAUCACACUACGAACAUCAAACAUACCAUCUAUUCCUAACUAUUGAUAGAAAUUUAGGUACCGAUAUUCCGUUUUAUAAAACAAUCUAUACCACGAAAAAUCAGCUUGUAUAGAUCCAAAACGAAAAAAAAACGUCAAUAAUUAAUGUCUAAUCAUCUGACGAUUCUACUAAACAUGGUUGAUCCUCGAAAAUCAACCUUGCGAUAUACUUACUAAUUACAAUAUACACGUUUCCCUUUUCUAUCUAUAAUAUACGACCGUAGUAUAUCGUCACCGCAUUCAUGAGACAAUU